CGACAAUUGCCGAAUUUCUAAAAACGGUUCCGUAUACACUGAAAUGGUGAAAUAUGGAAAAACAUUAAUAAGCAACCAAUAAGACUGACUCCCCACCUUUUCCAACGUCAGCUACUUUCAAAGUUGUAGAGAUCAGGUGUCUACUGCAGCAUUGCCUGUAUUUGGCAUUUGCGUCCACCAGCAUCUUCCCCGCAUCACUAAUUCCCUUGAUAUUUUCGACAGUCACCAUGUUUGAAUUUGUGAAUCAUGACUCCACUCAGGGGUUUAACGAUGCGACCCGCACCCGGAUAAGGAGUCAAGCUGCAAUGAUGGCCAUUUCCCAAAAAAGAAGAAGCCAUGUUGUGGAACAAAUACGUGAACAACUUGUGGCCGAUAUUGUUGAUUCAUCCAAAAUUGUCGACCCAACUUUAAACCUCACUUGGGACUCUCCAACGACGCAGGCAGAUCACCUAACAAUUCCUGCUUCUAUGCCACCAAGUGGGAUCUCCUUGGUCCGCAGUGAAUACAAUCUAGAUCCUACUAACUUCUCCGCCCUGACCUCUAUUCACAUUGGGGCGGCGUGCAAAGGGAUCUUCGCCGAGGAGCCUACGCACUUAAAGGGUCUGCUCACAUGCCAUGAAAAGUCUUAUUUUUCGCAUCUUCCGCAGCGGUUUGGUCAGUCUGCUUGUCUUGAUAACGCACUAUUCUGCCUGGUAAUUAAAAUUGCGUCUUUGAUGGCACCUUGCUCCGCUUUGUCCAACACCCUCAUCCUAGCAAAGUAUGGAAAGGCCCUUGCCACACUUCAGGCGGCACUUGAAGGCUCGGCGAGCUGGACUCUCGCGGAUACUCUCUGUGCUGUCGAAGUCCUUGCGCUCUUUGAAAUUCUUAAUUCGCCAACGGAGGGAUCUUGGAGUCAACAUAUUGCAGGUGCAGCAAAGAUGAUUCGUUUAAGAGGCCCACAAGAUUUUAAGUCUGAGUACGACCGGGAUUUGUUAAUAGCCAUGAUUGGACCGAUUGUGUGUGAGUCUUUUGCCAACAAUGAAAGCUGCUUUUUUGAAGGACAAGACUGGCUUCAAUUGAUUCAAUACUGCGCCACCGGAAACAAUUCUUUCUCCGAUAGGAGCGACUUGGCGAUUUCGAUCAGUCAGAUUUUAGUGAGAAUGCCCGGUCUUGCAAAGAGAACAACAUACGCGAUUUUCAAUCAAGACAGUCUCACUGUCUACGAUAGGCAGCAGAUUGAAAGAGACCUCAAUCAAGCCAGACAAGAAAUUCAUCAGUGGCGAACUAAUUUUAACAGGUUUAUUGUACUUUCAGUAGAAAGAAUAGCACAUCAAUUAGAUCUGGGAAAGCGUUUUGAGCUCCUUGGCACGUCUUUGGUUCUUGCAACGUUUAUCAAUCGAUUUAUUGGUGCAAUUUGUCCUAAUCAGAGGUGUUGGGCUGAAGAGGAAGCACAAGCAUGUGCCACCGAAAUCCAAACGCUUGCCGAUGAUGUCCCGAAAAUAAACCCACGGGCCGGUUUCUAUUUAGCACAAAAGGCGAAGAUGGCCAAAGCGACGAUUAACACAGCCAGUAUUUGGAAGGAUUCUAUAGAAUCUGGUAAGCUAAUUGAGCCGUGGAAAUUCAAGGAGUGGUGUGGAAUGAUGAAUAGAAAAACACCAAGUAUCCCAGAAACUUCGGUAUAGCUUCAUUUCUUCCUUCUAAAAUGAGACGAAGGGAU